AUGGCACCCAAGGCCGAUCAUAGGCUGAUCCUUACUCUUGACGAUAUCAAAGAAGCUGCAUCCGAGAAGCUCUCUACCAGCGCAAGAGAAUUCUACGAUGCUGGCUCCAGUGAUCAAAUUACGGUCCGAGAGAAUACGACAGUCUAUUCCAAGUAUCGAUUGCGACCUCGAGUUCUUGUCGACGUUUCCAAGGCCGAUACGACAACUAGAGUCUUUGGACAAAAGAUUCCUUUCCCCCUUUGCGUUUCCCCUGCUGGCAUUCAAGCCAUGGCGCAUCCUGAAGGAGAACUUGCUACGAGCCGAGCAUGUGCCAAACGUGGUGUGCACAUGGGCGUCUCCUCGUUUUCGAAUUACUCUGUCGAAGAUAUCCGAGCUGCCGGACUCGCAGUUGGAUCGCUUCAUCACGUAAUGCAGCUGUACUCAAUGCAGGAUCGUGUGGCACAAUUGCGGAUCAUCAAGCGUGCCGAAAAAGCAGGCUGUACUGCUAUCUUUCUCACGGCGGAUAGUCCAGUACUCGGCGUCAGGUACAACGAGCUCCGUAACGACUUCAGGACGCCAGAAGGUCUUGCGCUGCCCAUGCUAGAGAGAACAUCAGAGGCGGUUCGCGCCCAGACUCACGACGACGGAUUUACUUCGUUCAACUCUGACUCGCAUUCCUGGGCUAACGAAAUCCCCUGGCUUCGCAGCGUCACCAAGAUGCAGAUCUGGAUCAAGGGUGUCUUGACCGCUGAGGAUGUCCACCUUGCCAUCCAGUAUGGUUGUGAUGGCGUCAUUGUCAGCAAUCACGGAGGAAGACAACUUGAUCAGGCGCCAGCCACUAUUGAUGCUCUCCCGGAGUGUGUCAGGGCGGCGAAUGGAAAGAUCGAGGUUCACAUUGACGGCGGAAUCCGAAAUGGAACAGACAUCUUCAAGGCGUUGGCUCUUGGGGCAAAGUGCGUGUGGAUUGGUCGCCCGACAAUCUGGGGCUUGGCAUACGACGGAGAAGCAGGAGUUAUCAAGACUUUGGACAUUCUUUACAGCGAGUUUCGGAGAUGUAUGCAGCUUUGUGGCUGUAAGAGUAUUGCCGACAUCACACGUGCUUCUCUCGGAGUGGUGAAAGUCGACGGGCCACUUGCAAGGUUGUAA